CGUUCUGAUGUGAUAACCAUGAUAACUGAUGGUUCGAAAAAGAUCAAAGAGCACAGACAACUGAGACAUAAUCUACUCAGGAUGGAAGUAUUUUAAAGUUUAUAGCAGGAAAGCAGAGUAAAGAGUUUUUACGACAGCUAGAAAUCUGUGCGAGUAACGUUAGGACCUUCGCUUAGGAUUGCACUUGCAAAUAAUUCCUCACCUAAAGUUAGUUCGUCACAGGAGCUUGGCGCUGAAGCGCAGACGAACCCAAGCUAGAAUGGAACCACGCUUAGACGACGCUAACCUCCUCAAGAGCAUUGUAGCCGAAAGAUGGAGCCAAGAACAAGGUGAGAAUGAAGACGACACAGAGCAAUCAGUUUCGGAGAUAGCAAGCAGAAAUGUUUGCCCCGAUCACUUGGCGAGCAGCUGUGUAUUCCUUGUCGGUAAUCGGCUCGCUCCCAUUCAGCCAUCCCGAAAAGAACUUCACUUCUCGGGCUGCGAAAGCGGUGUAAAAAUGAGGAAGUCACUGCAGUUGAUGAACGCUACAUCAGUGAGACAGCGCUACCAUUUACUGCCAAACACGACGAGCUAUUUCAAAGUGACGGUUAGAAAACGACCCGGAGGACUUGUACCUGGUAUGGGAGACGAACUAGUAGUGGACCUGCUGAUCCCAUUCGGCGAGGAGCUGAAGGCUUGCUAUUCUGAUCACGUUCGAAUUCAUUGUGAUGGUGGUGAGCACAUAAAGAUUCCUCUGUUAGCUUAUCGGUGCUCUGGUGCUCGCCUGCCCAAACAUAUCAACUACGGGGCACGUUCCCUGCUCGCACAGCACACGAAAACGCUGUCGAUUACAAACUGUAGCAAGGAGCAAGACUUUCCCUUCAGACUAUGUCUAGAGUGUACCGAUGGCUGUUUCGAAGUAUCUCCACCUGAAGGCAUCAUACCAAGUCAAGGCCGUGCAGAAAUUGCCAUCGUCUAUCAGCCGACGGAGUACUCAACUUCCAGGGGAACGCUAACUCUGACUGUCGAGGAGCUAUUCUGCAAAGCUCAAACAUGCAAUCUUGUUGGCAGCUGCGUUCCUGGAAAACCCUGAUCCCUGUGCAGAGGUAGAAAGCCUUGUGACAGUCGCGCCAGAACACCUCAGAAUGACUGGAACCUGGGAUAUGGCACGCAGGUAUGGUGAGUUCCUGGGCAGUCACCAUUGCUUUGGACGUGAAGUGAAAUCAAACCUUGCUGUAGAUACCCGUGGUUGGUUACAAAAACCCUGCAAUCGCCACGCAAAGUGGUCAUUGGUUACCCCAGCCAUGUAUUGCUUGGAAUAAAAUAAAUAUAUAAAUACUGUGGCAGCAAUAUGAACAGUGUCGAUUCACCCGGACAUGCAAACUAGCAUGAGUGAUCCCUGGUCAUAUUGCAAUACGAACAGUAAACAGCACACUGGCUGCACAGUCCCUGGUUCAAGCAGGGCUAGUGCUAUGUGCUUCUAAGUUUUAAUGCAAAGAACACAAGUUGUGUAAAUUGAGUGAUGAUUAUUGUGCCCUUGAAGAUACGCAUGUGCAACACAGUUUAGAUCUCCUCCGACUGUCAUAUUUUCACAGCAUAAACACAGUGCAUGAUAGCAUUUUGCAUAAACAUAUCGUCAUAAACCCUUUCCCUUCGGUAAAUAAUAAUUGAGCCCUCUACGGACCGGUGAGUGAGCUUCACAUGGUAUCGUCAUAAACGUAAACUUUCAACUCUCUCGUCUUUGGUUCUGCUCCCUUUACUCGAUUGAGGAAAAUCUCUGUAAGAACUGGAUCACAGAGAUGCAGUGUCAACGGUGUACUAGAAGCAACUGACACGGCCAGAAGUGAAUCACGGUUCAGACUGCACUGUGUGCAUAGGACUCUAUGUGUGCACGCCUUGUGCAUGUGUCUACAUGUGUUUGCAUAUAACGUGCAUGAUACAUCGAAUUUGGCAGUACAUGCAUAUGAGCUGCUUCUGCUCAGCUCCUGC